AUGGCGCAUAGCAUCGUUUCUCGCUUUCGGCCUACCACUGAUCCAGCGACAGCCUCAAUCUACGAGACCAUCCGCGAACACGACCGUGAACCGAGUGAUUUAGACGACGAGCCUGACACCGAUACCACGUACCAUCACGACCCGCCACGAUAUCCGAGCUCACGCACCCGUGCCUCCAAUGCCUAUCCAUUAUCUAGUCAAGCUCAAACGGCAGGCCCAGGUCGAUCGGGCGGACGUCAGAAAAGUUCCGCCCAGAGAGGUGUGAAUGGUCUUGAAUCCGACGAUGUUGAAGACGAUGUCCCUGCAUCCCUGCUGAUUGAGGACCUACAUCGGGGACGAAAUAAGAGACUCUCACUAUCACCACCUGCUGUACAGGGCACAUGUACGCACUGGCAAUCACCUUCACCAGUUCGUUUGCAUCACGACGAGGAGAGUCUGCCUCUCUAUGCUCCAGCGACAACGUCCUUCCCUACAAGUACUACGGCUAUUGCGACUUCGAAAGAAAAGGCUAUGUGGAGGUGGGCCAAUGUCCGCAAUCUUGACAAUUUCCUCGCCGAUGUGUACGAGUACUAUACCUCGCGAGGUUACUGGUCCAUAGUCCUCAAACGCACCCUGAACCUGCUGAAUUUGAUUUUUGUCAUCGGCUUUUGCCUGUUCCUCACACAAUGUGUCGAUUACACCAAAAUUAAAGGAAGCACAAAACUGGAGGAGAUAUUGGUGAAACGAUGCACUACUCGUAUGGGCUUUCUUCCAAACCUUGUCUUGUGGGUUACUGCUUUUGUCUGCAUCAUCCGGAGUUUCCAAUAUCUCUUGGAUCUAAGGCGACUGAAUCACCUGCACGAUUUCUACCACCAUCUAUUGAAUGUUCCUGAAUCCGAGAUACAAUCGAUCUCGUGGCAAGAAGUGGUCAGAAGGUUGAUGGCGUUGAGAGAUUCUAACCCAAACAUCAAGACAUCCUCUACCACAAGAGCCAAGAAUUUUAUGGGUACUCAGAGCAAGCAAAGAAUGGAUGCACACGACAUUGCGAACAGGCUGAUGCGCAAAGACAACUACAUGAUCGCGAUGAUCAAUAAGGAAGUCAUUGACACGACCCUAGCUCUGCCGUUUCUUGGCUCACGGCAGUUCUUCACCAAAACAUUGGAGUGGCACCUGAAUUAUUGUGUCAUGGACUACGUCUUCAAUCCACAGGGACAGAUCAGACAAUUGUUCCUGAAAGACACUCAUAGGAAAGCGUUGAGUGAAGGUCUGCAACGACGCUUCAUCUUCGCUGGGUUCAUGAGCCUCCUCUUCGCUCCAAUUCUGAUCUCAUAUAACGUUGUUGGCAAUUUCUUUCAACGCUUCAACGAAUAUCAAAAGGAGCCCGCUCAACUUGGCUUUAGGCAAUACAACAACUAUGCACAUUGGAAGUUUCGAGAGUUCAACGAGUUGUGGCAUCUCUUUGAGCGACGACUAAAGAUGUCACAUCCAUUUGCCACGAGAUACGUCAAUCAAUUUCCCAAGGAUAAAACCGUUCAGCUCGCCCGCUUUGUUGCGUUAAUAUCAGGAGCUAUUAUCUCGGUACUUGGUCUGGCAACAAUUUUAGACCAAGAGAGCUUCCUGAGCUUUGAAAUCACAAACGGACGUACCACAAUCUUUUACCUUGGUGUUUUCGGCUCUGUCUGGGCUGUUGCACGAGGCAUGCUGCCGGACGACAACAUGAUCUACGAUUCCUCCUAUAGCAUGGAGGAAGUCAUAGAGUUCACGCAUUACAAACCAGCUCACUGGAACGAACGUUUACAUACAGUGGACGUGAAAUCAGAGUUUGAACAGCUCUACCAGAUGCACAUCCUAGUCCUUCUAGAAGAGCUGCUGAGCAUGGUUUUCACUCCUUUUGUGCUUUGGUUUUCUCUGCCCAGAUGCAGCGAUCGGAUCAUUGACUUUUUCCGCGAGUUUACCGUUAAUGUCGAUGGCCUUGGAUAUGUCUGCUCCUUCGCAGAAUUCAAUUUCAAGAAAACAGCUCAGACUGGAUCGGGUGCCAAUGCUGGAACCAGGGCGGUCAAUCCUGCCACACGUGCCUCACAGGCUCGUGAGCAAGAAUAUUACGCCACGAAGGACGACAAGCUGGAGCAAAGCUAUUACAAUUUCCUCAAUGAUUAUAGCAAGAACCCCAAGACAGACAUAAGAUUCUCGUACACUGGCAGACACAAGGCAAAACAGUUUCAUGCUCCGCCACCAUUUCCGGGACCACUAUCCCCACUGCCACAUCAAGAUCGCAAUACUCAAGAGCAAGAUCCAUCAGUGAGUAUUUAUCCUCCAGCAUCUCUAACAAAUGCCCGAAAACCUAAUCAAAGAAGAGACCUCUUCUCUCCUCAACAAAGCGUCCUGUUGGAUCCUCACCACCAACCCCAAAUCGGAAAGCCAGCGUUUGUUUCGCCACCUUCACUACGGACGAGACGAACAGAGCUUGCUUCUCGUAUCCUCCCGACCUCGGGAGAAACAAUGAUGAGUACGGCGCUGAAAGAGGAAGACGAAGAUACAGUCACGGACGGAGAUGGAGGGAAGCAGGUAUCAACAAGUCAUGCUGUUCAGUCAGCUAGCGAUCUCGGGAGCUGGAAAGAUGGAGACGAGCUCGUUGAUGAGGACGAGGGCGAUAUGGAUCCCCAAGCACUCAUUGAUGGUGGAGGUGUCAUUGGUUUGAUCAAACAGUUUCAACGAGCUCAAGACGACGACAAGCGUGGGAACGCUGUAGUGUGA